AUGUCGGGGUGUACGGACCGAGACCGGCUCAAGUGCGAUGUCUGCCGUACAAUUAAUUUGGCCAGGCAUGUGAAGCAUCCGAAACCAGACAUGCAAAUCUAUGAAAAAUGUACUCCUACCCAGAAAUACAGUAUACGUGAAGAUAGUCAUCUGCAUCCAACUUGUAUAAAAGUCUGCACCAAAGAAGAGUACAAGUUGAAGAAAAGCGGCCAAGCUGUUGCUGUACCCAGAGUGCCUCACUACGUCCACGGAAAGCUAAUGUACGCCAUCAAAGCUGGCAUCAUAGUAGGUUCUCUUUACUUCACGUACACGCAAGGAGUGUGGGGUGACCAACGACAGGUUACAGAAUGCAUUCGCCGAUGGCAGGAAUACUAUCGGAGUAUCAACACAAGGCGCCCACCAAUUUUUGACAAGUGUGGUAACGUGAUUAAAAAGGAUACAGUUGAGAGUAUAUUAGGACCCGUGUAUGCAAUGUACAAAAGCGCUGUAACCACAUGUUUUGCUGGUGUUGUCAAAGUACCGCUCUUAAUCAAAUGUGCUUAUUUUGAUUACCUGAAAGCGUUGGAGAAGAAACAAGAAGAAGAAGCAAGGGAAAGGAAAUUAAAGAAAAAAUGA